CUUGCGUCCCGCGUAUAUAAAGCCAAGGUCCUUCCCAAACAAGCCGUCCCACUCUCACACUCCCCAGUCUCCCCACUCCCACUGUUUCUGCUCUUAACUCUCCAACUGCCCCAAAAACCACUUGGUUUUCCAUUUUCUAGAGAGAGAAAAACGAGAAGAGAGAGAAAGAAAAAGAGACGAGCAAUUUUCCGCCAUUAAAGCUUCUCGGUAACAAAGCGUGAACACUAUCACUCUAAUACUCACAACGCUUUCACUUUUCGCAAAGCAUUCAGAUAAUCACAAAAUGGAGCUGAGCAAGGUGACCUUAGAGAUCUUCACGAAGCUGGAGCAGAAGUGGCUCUCCCACUGCGAAACCGCCAAGAAGACUCGGAUUCUUAGCAUCGACGGCGGAGGCACAACCGGCAUUGUCGCCGGAGCCGCCUUGAUCCACCUCGAGGAUCAGAUCCGGCUCAAAACCGGAGAUUCCCAUGCUCAAAUCGCCGAUUACUUCGACCUCGUCACCGGCACCGGCAUCGGUGCCGUCCUCGCCGCCAUGCUCGUCGCCGAUGACGGCUCCGGCCGCCCUCUCUUCACCGCUAGAGAUGCUGUGAACUCGGUUUCCCAGAAGAAUGCUGACUUGUUCAAAUUGAGGGUCGGUGGAGUGUUCCACCGGCGCCGGAUGUUUUCCGGUGGGAGCAUGGAGAAGGCGUUGACGGAGCUUCUGACGAGGGAGGACGGGAAGGUUCUGACGCUCAAGGACACGUGUAAGCCUCUCCUGGUUCCCUGCUACGACAUGAAGAGCUCCGCCCCGUUCGUGUUCUCCCGAGCCGACGCGUCCGAGUCGGCGAGUUUCGACUUCGAGCUGUGGAAAGUCUGCCGCGCCACGUCAUCGACUCCGGGCGUGUUCAAGCCGUUCAGCCUGAGAUCCGUGGACGGAAAGACUUCGUGCUCGGCCGUGGACGGCGGUCUUGUGAUGAACAACCCGACGGCGGCGGCUGUUACGCACGUGCUCAACAACAAGCGCGACUUCCCCUCCGUCAAUGGCGUCGAGGACCUGCUAGUUUUGUCGUUAGGUAACGGCCCGCUGAGCGGAGAGAAGGCGGGGCGGGGUAACGGAAAGUGCUCGCCGCCGUCGGUGGUUGACAUUGUGCUCGACGGAGUUUCCGAGACCAUUGACCAGAUGAUGGGGAACGCCUUCUGUUAUAACCGCGCUGAUUACGUCAGAAUUCAGGCGUUCGGAUUGGGGAGCGAAGGGGUUGCGUGCCAGCGAUCGGAGGGGGAAGCGGCGGUGUUGAAGGAGAGAGGGGUCGAGUCGUUACCGUUUGGCGGGAAGCGGUUAUUGACGGAGACAAACGGAGAGAGAAUCGAGGGUUUCGUGCAACGACUCGUGGCUUGUGGAAGAAGCAGUCUGCCACCUAGUCCCUGCAAGGAUUCCACCGUUAGCCCUGUCGUUAACGGGCGUUAGUUAGAAUUUGGUCUCUUUUUUUUUUUUCCUGUAAUUUUUCUUUUUUUGGUAGUUUUUCUGCAAGAUGUAAUUUGUAACCAAUCUCAGGUUCACCGUAGCAACAGUAGCAGCUAAUAAUAACCCCUUGUGCAUCUUUAAUUAUUCAACUAGACGUGCACAAUUAUGUUUU